AUGCUUGAUCUGAGCCCCAGCCUGGGCGGCAGGGGGAUGCAGUCUUUCUCCUGCAGCAAACUAAAGCUUGAUAGUUUAUUCGUGCAGUGGUUCUCCCUGUCCUCCUCCCAGCACCUGCCCCCGCUGUCACCGAGGAAAUCGAGCGGCCCCUCCUCCCCCUUCUCACUCUCCCCCAUCGCCCACAACUCCGCCAAGCUGGGAACCCCCCCCAUCUUCAUCCCCCAGUUCUACUUCCCCGGGACGGGCCCCGGCGCGGCGCACAAGGCCAGUGCGGACAAGGUGGACGCCUUCUUCGCGGUGUACCCGCAGGGCCUGUCCCUUGACAACCUGAAGGCGCUGCUGAAGCAGGUGUUCGGCCUGCCCACCCCCCUGGCCUACCCCCUCUUCUACAAGAUGGCGCCGGGGGAAGAGGGCCUGGUGUCCCGCGCUGCCCUGCGUGCCUGGCUGGACCGCGCCGGCUUCUGGGGCCUGGAUGGCCCGGGCAGGGCCAUGGAGAUCCUGCGUGCACCAGGGUCGGCAGGCGUGACCCCCGCCGACCUCAAGCCUGUGCUGGCCGGCAUCCUGAUCAGUCAUCCGGGCCUGGAGUUCCUGGCAGAGUCCCCGGAGUUCCAAGAAAGGUACGCGGAGACGGUGAUCCACCGCAUCUUCUACUCGCUCAAUCGCUCGGGAACAGGGGUGCUGAGUCAGCGCGAGCUGCGCCGCGGCGACCUGCUGGCCGCGCUGGGCGAGGUGGACGCGCAGGACGACAUCAACCGCGUCGCGCGGUACUUCUCCUACGAGCACUUCUACGUCAUCUACUGCAAGUUCUGGGACCUGGACACGGACCACGACUUCCUGCUCUCGCGCGACGACCUCCUGCGCUACGGCAACCACGCGCUGACCUUCCGGAUAACGGAGCGCAUCUUCAGCCAGGCCGCGCGGCCCUUCUCCACGGGGAACCCAGCUCAGAUGGGGUACGAAGACUUCAUCUGGUUCAUCCUGUCUGAGGAGGACAAGACCACGGACACCAGCUUGGAGUAUUGGUUCCGCUGCUGCGACCUGGACGGCGAUGAGCACCUGCACAGCAGCGAGUUGUAUUACUUUUACGAGGAGCAGCUGCACCGCAUGGAGUGCCUGAGCCAGGAGUCGGUCUCCUACUUUGACGUCAUGGGUCAGCUGCACGACAUGCUCAACCCAGAGAACUCGACGUACUACACGCUGGGAGACCUGAAACGGAAUCGGGCCAUGGCAGGAACCCUGUUCAACGUGCUCUUCAACCUGAACAAGUUCGUGCAAUUCGAGACCCGGGAUCCAUUCUCUGCGCGGCAGGAACGGGAGGAGAUUGGGGUCACGGAGUGGGACCGGUUUGCGCGGCAAGAGUACCAGCGGCUCGCGGACGACGACGGCGAGGUGGAGGCAGUGGACGCGGGGGGAAACACUUGGGGCGCCUCCGCGCUGGAGGUGGACCUCUGA